UCAAGAAGAGAAGGAAGAAUAAGAAGAAAAGGAGAAAGAGAAAGCUUUCUCUCUCUCUCGCUCUCUAGUCUUGGCCUUCGUCUUUGAGGCCUCUACGAUUUUUCUUCUGCUCUGUUUGUGUUUGGAAUUGAAAAGGCAUUUAAGGCAAAGGAUUCAUAGAGUUUAACUGUGUGUAAUGUCAAGGAUCUAAUCCCAAACUUCCUCUCUCUGUUCGUGUUUAGACAAAACUCGAAGCUCGGAAAGAUACAUUCGAGGAGUUACGGAACGUGUUCAAACUGGAAUCAGCUCGAUUGACUCUGAUAAUUGCGGUUUCCGAUCUCAAUUGUCUGAAAUUUAAAAGAGAGCUGGUCAAAAAUUUGAAGCUUAGAGGCACUUAUCGACAGAUUUCAUCGGUUUGUUGAAGAAUCCGUAGUGAUUCAACCAUUGCUGAUUCAUGAGUGUCAGGCGCGUCCGCUCUGAAUUGGAUACAUUUGGUUGUUUUUCGGCCGCAGAUUUGCGUUCUGUAUAGUUCUGGUGCCCAGCCGACCAGGUUUUGUGACAGGACGGAGUUGGCUCUGCGAGUUUAAUCUCAGUUUAUACAGGUGUACAAAAGGAGAUGGAAAAAGACUGUUUGAGGCACACCAAUAUUAACGACCCCAAGAAUAUUAGAGAGAGAACCGGAGGGGAUAGCUCACUUCUGUUGAGAUCUAGUCCUGAUAAAACGACGACGUCCGAGUUCGUUUUGCAGUGGGGGAAUCGUAAGCGGCUCCGGUGCAUGAAGAUUCAGGUUAAGGAUGACUCCAGCGGUGUCCCGGUUACCCGAACCACUGUUCGGGUCGACCGCCGGGUCAUCCGAUCCGACAAGGACUCGUCAACCACCAACGGGUAUUUAAAUCUCCGUCAACGACCGUCAUCGCCGCAACAACCGCCACUUCAGCGUGUCCUCAGAAACUCGGAGACUUCAAGUGCAGCUAUGAGAGCCCAUCAGAGCAACGGAGGAGCUGUUAGGGGAAUUGCUUCGCCUGACAGGGCCGGUGAUAAGAAAGGUACAGCUAACAACCACCACAACUAUCACCAUAAUGACAAUCACCACAAGUCGGCCGCGUCUUCCGAUAGCAAGAAGGGUGGCUCGUCAUCGGGGAGCGGCGACGCGGCUGCACCGCCGGUGGUGUGGCCGCCCAAGUUCGUGAUUGCCUUGACCAACAAAGAGAAGGAAGAGGAUUUCAUGGCCAUUAAGGGAUCCAAGCUUCCUCAGAGACCCAAAAAGAGAGCAAAGUUCAUCCAACGCACUGUCAAUCUGGUAACCCCGGGUGCAUGGUUGUGUGAUCUGACUCUAGAACGGUACGAGGUCAGAGAGAAGAAGAUCUCCAAGAAGAGACCGAGAGGAUUGAAGGCGAUGGGUACCAUGGUUGAGUCGGACUCGGAAUAGAGGCGGCUGUUAGUGUAAGUAGAGUGUUAUAGUGUAUUAUAGGAUUGUCUUGAUGAGGACAAAAGAACUUCUGAUCUGAUGGAUCUAGUUUUGUUUAGGGUUUUUUAUCAUAAAAACUCGCAGAAGUGUGUAAAUUCUUUCAAUAACGAACCGAUUCGUUUUUGGUCUUGUAUACAA